CUCACCGACUCUUUUUCUUCAGCCUUUUUCGGCCAGCAACAUGGAUGAGUGUCUCGCACGUUUGUGAGCAUGGGAGGCGGGUAUAAAAAGACGCAGCCUGGCUGUCUCCUUCAGGAAAAUCGCGCUUACGCCCGGCUUCUUCCCCUCUUCUCCGCACCUUCUCCACCUCGGACCUGACCUGACCUGACCUCUGGCCUCGGAGCUAUACUGUCAUCUUUCUCUUCUUCUUGUCUUCUUUCCUCGUUUGCACAUAUCGUGUUUAUUUCUAUUAGUAUACACACGAUGGCCAACUAGAAUAUGCCCCCGGACUCUGAACAGGUGGUUGUCAGCAGUUAAGGGAAUCCAUAUCAUACAGAACCGCGAUGGCGAGGAUCAAGCAGGGGGUGUUUUCCUGGGAGGAUGUGCUGGCACAUCGGUACCAGAACAACAAACCCACCGCCCUCACUAACCUCAAGAACCAGCCCCAGCAGGCUGAAGCAGAGACAGAAACAGACACACAGACACAGACACAAACCCCGACAGCAACGGGAGACUUCCCAUCUUACACCCCCCAACCCCAGAGCCUCCUCCUCGGCAAACUGUCCCCAGAGCUCCGCCUCCUCAUCUGGGAAUUCGUGUUCGCAGACUUGCGCCUGCACAUCGUGCAGCGCCCCAACAGACGCAUGGGCCACGUCGUGUGUCCCGGCACCGCAAAAUCCUGCGAGAUAUGCCAGGGAGGACUGCCGUGUCCGCGAAAGGGGCCGAGUGGGCUUCUUGCGCUGUCGAUGGUUUGUAAACAGACCCACUUAGAAUCACACCACCUCCUCUACACCCAGCCAACAUUCGAAUUCAGCACGACGUGGUCCCUACCCUACCUACGACUGACAAUCGCCCCAGAGCACUGGCACGCAAUCCGAGCAGUCGAGCUACGCUGGGCCUUCCCAGGCCACUGGCUGCCGAGCAAGGACCCAGUCAAGCACGUGUACUUCGCAGCGGGCCGGACGCAGUGGAUCGAGACGUGCCAGGCUGUGGCGGAGAUGCGCGGACUGCGCAACUUCACGCUGAGGGUCAGCGGGGCGUGGUUCUGUGAGCCCGCGGAGAGGAUCCCAAGCUUUUUGGAGCCGUUGCGCGGGAUGGGCUGUAGUGGUGGGGGUGGAUGGAAGUUGGUGUUGCCGAAGCAGGUGUGUUAUGGGGGGGAGUUUGAGGGGAUUGGGAGGGAGUUGGGGGGGAGGGGGUGUCGGGUUUCUUUUGGGUGA